AUGCCACCAGUUUUCGUUCUCGUCUUCUUAGGGUGCUCUCAAGUUAUAUACGCGUCUCCUUCAAAAUAUCUCUUGGAUUCAUCAGAUGAAAUACCGAACGCAUAUGGAAGAUCAGUGGAGUACACAUAUGUGUAUGAUUCCUCGAAAGACGCACAUCCGGUCGCAAAAGUCAAAUAUGGGAAGUUUAUUAGAAAUCAAUUCACCACCAUAUCUCUCAACUCGAAUGCUCAACGAAAUGAUGAUGCAACUUCCUUUGUAGAAAGGAGCUUCACUGGAAAUAUGACAUUGCAGGAAAACCUCAGGUCCUAUAAUCACACAAUGUAUUAA